AUGAUGGAUCUUACCUCCAACUUCAUAGCUUGUUUUCUUCUUCUAGCCGUUGUUACAGCUUUAAUCAAGAAACGCAAGAGAUCAAAAGCAUCCCAGAAGCUACCCCCAUCUCCAUGGAAGCUCCCUUUUGUGGGACACUUGCAUCAUUUGCUAGGUUCCCCACCCUAUCGUGCUCUUGCAAAAUUAGCUCAGAAACAUGGUGCUCUGAUGCACCUUCAGUUGGGGGAGAUUUCUUCAAUUGUGGUAUCAUCACCACGUUUAGCUAGAGAGAUUCUGAAAACUCAUGAUCUUGCAUUGUCAGAUAGGGCAGAAAUUCUAGCUUCCAAGAUUGUUUGCUAUGACAGUACAAACAUAGCUGGUUCCCCAUACGGUCCUUACUGGAGACAAAUGCGCAAAAUAUGCACCAUGGAGCUCCUUGGUGCUGAGAAAGUCCGAUCAUUUGGCUCUAUCAUGCAAGAUGAGGCUUGGCAUCUCAUUUCAUCUAUCCAGGCUCUAUCUGUUGCUGGAGCUCCAAUCAAUUUAACUGAAAAACUGUCCUCCUACACGAGCUCCAUGGUUUUUAGAGCAGCAUUCGGGAAAUCGGGUGAGUACUAA